GAUCUUCUUCUUCUCGUUUCUUUCUUCUUUUUCUUCAGGUAAACCCUAGGGCAUCACAGCAGGUAUUCUCUCUCUCUCUCUCUCUCUCUCUCUCUCUCUCUCUCUCUCUCCGGUCUCAAGGACAAGAUAGACUUUCACCAACCCCGCAUAUUCAACGACAGGGGGUACCCUGUCGUUACAAAUCCACCCGCGGGGUGGAUUACAAAUCCGAUCUCAGCAAAUCAGGGCGAAAUCCAAGUAGGGUUUUCUCUGCCAAAGACCGGAGAAGAGGGGGAGUAGGAGAAGUAAUCAGGCCGCAUAUCUUAUCCACCUUUAUAUCCACCAGCCAAACAGCCCGUAAUAGUUGAAGUCUUGAAGAAGGCUGACUGGGGGCAUUUUUGCUGACCCGAAGAUGCUGUCAAGCACCUUGCUGGGAGCAGUGUCAAGCGGCUUAUUCAGCCGUUCAUCUCGACAAUCGAUGGUGAGCAACAGAUAGUUUAGGUUAGAUUCAAGCCGUCGGUGCUAAGAUGAGCGGCCGCAUGGACCGCUCGGCACAACUGCCAAGCACGGAUGCUUGGCAGCAUCUUCCAUUCUCAUUCCGCUAAGCUAAAAGUUACGAACUAGCACUUCUUGUAGUAAUUUUUAGUCAAGUUGUUUUCACUAAAUUAUAAGUUAAAAGAUGAUACAGGAGAAAUGGAAGGGAGAGGUCAAAGGUAGGAUGAAUGUGAAAAAAAAUACGUGUAUAAAAAAUAACUUUACUUGUUUUUUAUAAUAAUUUAUAUUUAUAUUUAUAGAUGAAAAAGACAGCGGAAACAAGACCUGGUUCACUUUUUAGUUCAGGGGGUUCGAUUGAUUCUUUCUUGUAGUUUAGGGGGUUACAUUGAAAUUAACCGCAUCUGUACGUGUUUUGUGUGUCUGUGUGUGACAGAGAGCCCUAACCAGUCGAUCAGAACCCUAUAACACCCCAAAAUCUUACAUCGAACAAAGCUCCGUUCCGGCGACGAUAAGAACCGCAAACUAGAGGGUGUGAGUUUAUUUUCUCACACACAAAGAUAUCUUCUUCGUGAGGGUGGUUGAUUCUCUAUCCCAGGAAAUGUCAUCUCUAAGGAAUGCUGUUUAUAGACCGGCUCACCAGGAACGAGCUCAGCCACGUUCAAGAAGAAAAUUUGGGCUACUUGAGAAACACAAGGAUUAUGUGGUGCGUGCGAAGGCGUACCACAAAAAACAGGAUGCUUUACAGAAACUCAAAGAGAAAGCAGCAUUCAGGAACCCCGAUGAAUUUUACUUUAAGAUGAUCAAUACAAAAACUGUGAAUGGAGUCCACAAACCAGGGAGUCAAGCUAACAAAUACACCGAAGAAGAACUCAUGAUAAUGAAGACCCAAGAUAUAGGAUAUGUCCUGCAGAAACUUCAAAGUGAAAAAAAGAAAAUUGAAAAGCUAACAGCCGUGCUGCAGUCUACUGACAGUCAACUGCCAAACAAGCAUGUAUACUAUGCCGAAGACAGGGAGGAUGCUAAGGAGAUUCAGUUGCAUAAUUCGAAGGUGGAAAAGUUGCCUGUCAUGGCGAAUGUACCUGAAAAUAUUAAAAGGAAAACAGCUGCUUCCUACAGAGAGCUAGCAGCGCGAAAAGGCAGAGUGAAUGAUUUGGAGAAACUAUACAUGGAUAUGGCUAUGCAAAAAGAACUGAAGAAAAAGGGGCGGAAACGCAAGCUCCGUGAAGAUGAAAUUGUCUGUCCAACCUCCAGACCAGUGUACAAGUGGCGGUCAGAGCGUAAACGAUGAACAGUGCUAGUUCCGUCUUUCUAUUGCUUUUAGGAUUUUGUUGUUCCAUGUACGUUACUCACUGAUAACUGCUGUUUUUUCUUGGUUGGGGUUGUCUCCCCUUGUUGCUGUUUGGAUUAUUCAAGGGUAGUGUCAGUGAAAAAAAAUGGGAAAGAUAAACUAAACAAAUGGUUCAGAGAAUCGGGACACAGUGAGUGAGGCGAAGGUAUUGUGAUGCGGUUGGUUGUAGAUUUCAGACUACUAUAAUUUAAAUUUGUAAAAGACUAAAGUCCUUUGGAUGAUAUGCGUAGAUUAGAUUUUGCAGCGAA